AUGUACCCGCGCAGUCGCGAAGACAAGAUCCGUGCCAAGGCAGAGACUGAUGGCCCAAUCCUCGACCUCAGCAACGCAUACCUGGGCGAUGAAGGGUGCGCGGACGUCGUGCGUAUCCUCCGGCAGUACCCGCUGAAGCGUGUGCUCGACUUGCGUGGGAACCGCAUCCAGGCCGACGGCAUCGCGGUCGUCGCUACGAUGCUGAAAACCUCAGUGUCCAUCGAGCAUGUGAACUUGGAAUGGAAUUGCAUUGGGGUGCUGGAUCACGGCGUCGAAGCGUUGGCCAGUGCGUUGGCGCUCAACACGUCCCUCACAUACCUCGACCUGCGGAACAAUAGCAUCGGGCCCGACGGCGCCAUGCGCUUGGCGCAGUCGUUGAAGCGCAACCGCACGUUGGAGGAGAUGGAUCUGCGGUGGAACGAGAUCGGAUCUGUCGGCGGGCGAGCGUUUCUGGACAUGUUGGAAGAGGGCAACCACAGCCUCCAGCGAUUGCAGCUCAUGGGGAACAACGUGCCUAUGGCCACGGCCGAUGCCAUCGAGGACUGCCUGAAGAGGAACCAGCAGGUUGCCACGUCAGCUUGUUCGCAUGCCGACGACGAUUUGCACGACGUCCGCGGUCCGGAGUGUUCCGAGCCAGCGGACGACCCGCCUCUGAGCCAAGCCCUCAGCGACGACAACGCCAAGCUGCUGCUUGCGUACUUGGCGGACAAGGAAGCCCUGUCGAGCCAAGUGACUGCGCUUCAACAGGCGUUGCACGUGAUGGAAACCCAAGUGGAGGCGCGGGAUGCAACGGUGCUGCAGCUGGAGCGGGAGCUCCAAGUUGCGCGGGACGACCGUGAGCGGCACAUGCGCCGCGAAGGCCAAGAGCGCGAUCGCGGCGAUGACAUUGCGCGGCUCUUGGAGCAGUCCGAGUCAAAGCGGAAGAGCGAGGCGGACGAAGGCAGUCGGCAGCUGCAAACCCUCGAAGCCACCGUCCUCCAGCUCAAAGAAGCCAAGAUAAGUGCCGAGCGACAGGCCCAGCGAAGUGGCGACGAGCUAGUCCAAGCCAAAGCCCAUCACGAUCAAGCGACGCGGCUCCUCGAGAUGGAAAAUGCCAAGCUGAGAAGCGCGUUGAGCGGCGUCCAGGACGAGGCGGCCCGGCUACGCGAACAAGUGCAUGAUGGCCGGAAAGAGCUCGACCGCCGCGACAGCAUGUGGCGAGUCGAGCUGGAUGAAACCAAAGCAGCUGCCACUCGACGUGCGGAGAUGGCAAUCGAAGGAUUGGAGCAACAACUGCGGCAUGUGACAGCGCAUGCUGACUCGGUUAUGUCGGACCUGCAUCUGCAAAAGAGUGUAGUGGAUGGGUUGCAAAGUACGCUGCUGCAGAUGAAAGUAGCGCACGAAGCUGCCAUGGGCGAGCUGUGCGUCAAACUUGAGGCCGAAUGCCAAGACAGACUGGAGCGACACGUGGCAGCUGUGGAAGGCAGCAUCGACGAAAUGCGGCGGCACCGGACGUUGCUCGAGAAGGACGUGGAGAAGCACCGCAUGCACGGGGAGUUGCUACGCGAUGAAAAGACCCGACAGCGCAAAGUGUUUGACGAGGAGAUGCAAGCCAGGGACCGGCAAUACGACGAGCUCAAGGCGACGGUAACUGCCAAGGACGAACGGCUCGCGGCGAUGGACGUCGAGUGUCUUCGGCAUACUCGAAAGCAUGACCAAACCCUAGACAAGUUGACAGCACUGGAAAGCGAAUUGGACAAUGUGAAUGCAAUGCAUGUGCAGGGUAUGGAGAAGCUGCAAGCCAUGAUGACCCACGAGAAACAAGCGACCAGCGAAGCCUUGGGGGCAGCCAAAGACAAGGAACGGCGGCUCAUGGCGCAAGUGGCGGCGCUGGAAGGGAAGAUGCAGGAGCUCCAACAAGAUCAUGACAGAAGCAUGGCGAGGUUUGUGCGCGACGUGCACGCGUAUGUGGACCAGUGGCCCACGACGUCUAGUAAUAGUAGUAGUAACCACCCCCCAGGCUAUACCACCGGCAGUAGUAAUACUACUAGCCGAAGCACGGACGAUGCCAACGACGACAACGAGUGAAAAUCGAGACUCCACCAGACGACC